AUGGUUGAAGCGGCUGCAGGCGAGCAAGGAAACGAGUGGAGAGGCCGCGAGGAGCCAGCCUCCCACAGCCCCGGGGACAGGGGAUGGCGAAACCGCUCCCUAAGCGAGGGCUCACUCUGCAGAGCCGUCUCCAUGGCUUUCCCCGGUGUUGCUCUGGGACCCAGAGUUUCAGGGCGAGCUGCAGAGGGGAGGCGGGCUCCCCUUCCUGGGCUCUGCCGCAGAGGGCCCGCCGCGCUCCAGCCGGCCUCCGCGCCCGGGCCGGCUGCCCGGCCCCUCGGCGGCCUGUCCACUUGGCCAGAAGCCUGUCUGCCCACCCCGCUCUUCGUGGCUCUCCCGCCCCUGAGUCCCUGCAGCGCUUUCACAGUUCAUAAGGUCACUCUUUUCGGGCCUGAUCCACUUUUCAGCCCCAGUGCAAUCAUUCAAGAGGCAGCUAGUCGAUAUCCUGUCUGUUCUGAGGACAAGAACAACCCUGCAGAUGUCAUCCAGGCCUUUCUUUUCUGGCAGCAUUAA